AUGUCCCCGCACAACUGGCCUAACCAAGGGUACUGGUUACUGGCAAGAGAUGUUGUGUUCCUUGACACAUCACUUCCGUCUGUAAUACAGACGUCUUCCAUUACCAUACGCGGUUUUGAGAAUAUUUACUUAAUCUCCUGUGGAACAUCAGACCGACUCUGGGUGAGUGACGGAUCUAAAUAUCUUCUACAGUUGGAUUCCAGUGGAAAGGUUCUAGGAGGUCUUGAUGCAUUCAGUGAAUUUCACACUAUCACAGAUAAUGGUGAGCUAUUGUUUACAGACAAUAAGGAUGUUAAAAAAUUAGAGUCAAACGGAAUCAUCACCACAAUAUUCUCAACAGACUGGAUGAUACGGUGUAUCCACUCCUCCCGCUUAAACGGCAACAUACUUGUGGGAUUUUCUUUUAUUGGAUUUACCGGUAAAGUGACUAGGUACGACAGAACGGGAGAGAAGAUCCUUGAUAUUGUGACGGACAUCCAAGGAGUGAAGCUGUAUAAAUGCACACGCUACAUCACGGAGAACAAGAACGGGGACAUCUGGACAUCUGAUACAGAUAGAGUGGUGGUGGUAGAUAAAUCAGGAAAACAUCGGUUUAACUACAGAGGUCAACAAUCUCGUGUCUUUGAACCCGGUGGUAUCUGUACUGAUAUACUAGGACACGUACUGGUGUGUGAUGAUUCACUCAUCAAUCCCGGUGUUCAUCUCCUGGAUCAGGACGGUUGGUUCCUAUCUAUGCUGCUGACAAGACAACAUAAUGUACAUAGUCCCGAAACUGUGUGCGUAGACGAGAAGCACAACCUCUAUUUGGGACAGAAUGGCAGUAACGUAAUUAGAGUGUACAAAUAUCUUCAGGUCUCUGAAAAAUAG